UUCGUGAGAUCAUUUUCAAAUUGAGUCCAAACUUACCAACAGCUCAUAAAUUAAUCAACAAACGCACUUGUCAAAUGCGUUUCAACGUGUUUUCUUAAACAUGCCAUUUGUUACAUACCAAAAUUGGCAUUUGCUAUUACAGAAAUCGUUACUCGCCAAAGCUUACUUUAAGACUUGCGUUGUAUAACUCACCUUUAAAAGCUUUGGACGGACCAUUUUCAGACGUACCUUUUUUACAGCCUUGCUGCAAACUAGUAAUUUGAAAUUGAAUUAGAAAAUAUUUAAGACAACUUUGUUAAUUAUAACUAUCUGUCAAACCGUUAUCAAUUCACAAUCUUAGUUCAAUUUUUCCAUGCAAAAAAUGGAUGUGGUAUUACAUAAUAGAUUACCUGGAAUUUUCCAACUCGUCUUCGUCCUCUCGGUCGUGGCUCAGCUCGUAUCUGGCGACGUAACUUUCGGCAGUUGUCCGAACAAGUGUACAUGUGAGAACGACAAUGAUGGAAAAUUAGUGAUUGAUUGUGCUGAUGCUGAUUAUGACUACGUGCCGGUUACCAGCAUUCCAUGCAAUGCGAAGAAGUUGCUGUUUAUAAAUAAUAAUCUCCAAAAACUGAGCAGGAUGAGUUUCAUCGGCCUACGUGAGCUGGAAGAAAUUGAUGUCUCUGGCAAUUUCAUUUCCUAUAUUGAGCCGGAGUCGUUCGCUGGCCUCCCCUCGCUGCAACGAAUCAACCUCGUGCAAAACGACUUGACCACAAUUGAGUCGUGGUAUUUCCGAGACGUCUCAUUCCAGCACGUUGCCGUGUCACUUGACGGAAAUCCCGUCUACUGCGACGAAGACUUAAAAGAAAACAUUAACCUCAUCAAGAACCAGGUCACAGUCGGCGGAUUGAUUUGCGCAGGUGGGGAAAUUUGGCGCGUUCUCGGAAAAGUCAAAGGACGAACUUACGAAGACGUCGAAAGUCAAAUCCGAAAGAACUUCGAGUCGUGGGAAAUCGCUCUUUUGACCUUGUCGUCUUUCGUUCUUUUCUUGAUCAUUAUCUUAGUGGUUAACGUGAUUUACCGAGUCAAAAGAAGCGACUACACAACUGGAGAAGUUAUGCGAAGCACGAACCGACGUGGUUCAAACAUUCGGAAAAGUUACCACGGUUCGGAAAAUGAAGAGGCUAACGAAGCGGCUCAGUCGACGAGUGGAAGUCGGAAAAUUCCAAUGAAAUCGGAAGACCAUUACUAUGACGAGGACGAUGACGCUGUGGUGUUUGGGGCACCUCAAAAACCCAAGUACAGUGACAGUGGAAGCGAAGAAGCCCCCCUUUAGCCCAACUUCUCCCCACCCCUGAAGUCAAUAACAAAAAGACAGAAAAAAAAAGAAAAAAGCGUCACAAUAUAGAAGAAAAUAGAAGUGUGACCAAAAAGUUUUGGAUGGAUAUUUUCAUAAAUUACCAUUAGACUUGGGAAAACUUUGACGUGUUUUAAUAUCUAUACAUUUUCUUUUAACGACACAAGUUAAUUUCUACCAUUUUCAAGAUUGAAUAG